AUGGCAACUCUCCCCGAUCCAUCUCCCUAUCUCAACUUCCUAAUUUCGCCACGAAUUCCUCCUGAGCUCGUCUUGAAGACGAUCCAACACCUCCCUUUCAACGACGGCACGCUCAUAACCGCAAUACGUUCUGCUCAUCCCCGUCUCUGCGCCAUCUUCAAAAACUACGAAAAAUCUAUUACAGGCAGCUUUAUGCGCAAGGAGCUACGGCACGCGGAAACCGAUUUCAGUCGCCAAGAUGGAAGAUUAAACGUCGACUGGCUAGCGGACUGUGUGAGCAAGUACGACAUUGUAGACGAUGUCAUGGACGCCCUCUGCUCCGAACACAACUUCAAUGCCGUUCUCCGACAUAACAUAAGCCUUGCGAACGCAGGGUUACUGCUAUUAUACAAGCUCGUAUCGAUUGCAUCCCACACAGAUCGACUCACAUACAUCAAGAGUCUGCCCCAGGAUCCGCUCACAGCAAUCUACCUCAUCCUCCACCACGCCACCCUUUCCGCCCGCUACCACGGCUCCGGCUGGAUAAACCAACGCACCUACGGCCGCUUCAUGGACGCCAACCAAGUCUCGCUGCGCUGCGAGUUGGAAUUCUGUUUUGCCGAAGCCGCCUUAGUUCUCGGUCCCGAGUUCAUCUCGGAUAGCCUGCUGCACCACGAUACGGGUGAUGCGGAGACUGUGCUGCUCAACUUUUAUGUCGACCAUGGGACGCAUGACUGGGCGUGGCCUUGUUGGGGGGACGGCAAGGGCGAAUUUGAACCGCCGAGAGCGCAUGGACCUCAGCGGGAGCCGGGCAAGGGGAGGAGCCUUUUUACGACGCUGUUGGAGAGGUUGGCAGAGUGCAUGGGGUGUGGGUUGGGGGAUGUGAGGACGAGGGUUGAACGGGAAUUGGAAACUCGGGAUCACUCGCUCGCGUAUCUGAGUUUGGCGGGCAAGGCAAGGUUGCUGGAGGGAAGGAAUGUUUGA